AUGGCCAUCCACGCAGAAGGACUGGUGGCAAUUGUUAUCUUCUAUCUGCUGAUCCUAGGAGUAGGGAUAUGGGCAGCGUGGAAAAACAAAAAUGCUGGCGGGGAAGGUGUAGACCAAAGCGAGACUAUAAUGGUCGGUGGAAGGGACAUUGGAUUGUUUGUUGGUGGAUUCACCAUGACUGCGACCUGGGUCGGAGGAGGCUAUAUCAAUGGUACUGCUGAGUAUGUGUAUCUGCCUGGAUUUGGACUGGCCUGGGCGCAGGCACCGUUUGGAUAUGCGCUCAGCUUGGUUGUAGGUGGCCUCUUCUUUGCCAAGCCUAUGCGUUCCAGAGGAUAUGUGACUAUGCUGGAUCCCUUCCAGCAGAUCUAUGGGAAGAGAAUGGGCGGACUGCUCUUUAUUCCUGCUCUCAUGGGAGAAAUCUUCUGGUCAGCCGCCAUUCUGUCAGCUCUGGGAGCCACACUGAGUGUGAUCGUAGACAUCAACAUCAACAUGUCUGUCAUGAUCUCAGCACUCAUUGCAAUCUUCUACACUUUGGUCGGAGGACUUUAUUCUGUGGCGUACACAGAUGUUGUGCAGCUCUUUUGUAUAUUUGUUGGCUUGUGGAUCAGUGUGCCUUUUGCUCUCUCCAAUCCCGCUGUGUCAAGCAUUGGUGUCACUGCAGUCGAGAAAGUUCACCAAGAACCAUGGCUUGGCAGCAUUAAGCCCUCAGAGGGGUGGAUGUGGAUGGACAACUUUUGCCUUUUGAUGUUGGGGGGUAUUCCUUGGCAGGUGUAUUUUCAGCGCGUUCUCUCCGCCUCCUCAGCUACCUAUGCCCAAGUCCUCUCAUUCCUGGCAGCCUUUGGCUGUAUUGUAAUGGCCAUACCCUCAGUCCUCAUUGGAGCCAUAGGGGCCUCAACAGAUUGGAACCAGACUGCAUAUGGCUCUGUGUCCCCCAAGGAUAACGAGCAGUCAGACAUGAUCCUGCCCAUAGUGCUCCAGUAUCUCUGCCCUCCCUACAUCUCCUUUUUCGGCUUAGGGGCCGUGUCUGCCGCCGUCAUGUCUUCAGCUGACUCCUCCAUUCUUUCAGCUAGUUCCAUGUUUGCCCGAAACAUCUACCAGCUUGCUUUUCGCCAAUCGGCUUCAGACCGUGAGAUCAUCUGGGUGAUGAGGAUCACCAUCUUUGUGUUUGGGGCUUUAGCAACAGCAAUGGCUCUGCUCACCGGCACAGUGUACGGCUUAUGGUACCUGAGCUCGGAUCUGGUCUACGUGAUCAUCUUCCCUCAGCUACUCAGUGUGCUCUUUAUCAAAGGCACCAACACGUAUGGCUCUGUGGCUGGCUACGUCUUUGGCCUAGUGCUACGCAUUGGAGGAGGAGAGCCAUACCUUAAGCUCCCACCUUUCAUCUGUUACCCAGGCUGCUUCGUGGAGCAGAAGACGCACAGGCUUACCAUGGAGGUUGAAUAUAUCACCGUUCAAAAAUUUCCCUUCAAGACAGUGUCAAUGGUGGCUUCCUUCUUGGGUAAUGUGGCUUUCUCGUACCUCGCCAAGUAUCUCUUUGAAAGUGGGACGCUGUCGCCAAAGUAUGACUUCUUCGAUGCUGUGCUCUCAAAGCACAGUGCAGAGAUCAUGGAUAAAACUACUCUGGUGGGCAAUGACAAUAUCAUCCUGUCAGAGAUGGCCCCCGUCAAGCCUGGUCUCGGCAUGUCAUUGGCGGGAACAUUCACGAACAAAGAGGCUCUCAGUGAGGAUGAUGGAGACUUCAGCCCAGAAUCUAACAAUGAACAUGACUAA